CUGCCUUGAAGGCGUGUAGGACUGCGGCUACAUGGCGCAGGCUGGUUCAUGGGGUCCUUGGGGAGCCACUGCAUGUUGGAGUUUGGAUUUGCCUGCAGAGAGCAGAUGGGUGGCUGGGCUGGCAAUGGUGCUGCUCUGCCUCCUCUGCAUCACACAAGCAUCCCAGGCCCAUCAGAAGCCAUCAUCAGAGGUGGUGGGGGCUGUUGACAGGGUGGCAUAUCUCAGUCCGAGCCUGCAAAGCAAAACCUCCUACCAUGAAGUCCAUUGGCGCCGCAACAACACCUUGAAACUGGCCAGCCGGGAUGGCACUGGUGAGGUCUGGUACCGCAACAACAGCUACUGGGGACGCCUGGAGCUCUUCCCCAACAACACCCUGAAGAUCAGCCACCUGCAGAAGAGCGACAGCAGCAUGUACCAGCUGUACAUGGAGGAUGAGACGGGCAAGGGGGUCAUUGAGAGCGUCCUCCUGACGGUGUAUGAGCUGGUCCCGAAGCCCACCGUGAAUGCCAAAGUGAUCAGGGGUGAUGCAGAGCACUGUGAAGCAACCCUGGAGUGCUCAGUGGGGCUCAAAGCGGUGACCUAUGAGUGGAUCUCCCCCUCCAAGGCCCACUGGAACCGUACCAGCACUUCUGAGCUGCAUGUGUCCCUCAGCUCCUCACCAGACACUUACACCUGCAAGGUCAGCAACCCUGUGUCCUCCAACAACGCCUCGCUGAUCUACAGGCACCCCUGCUCCUGGACAGGUGACUCUUCCGGUGCUGCCUCCUGUACCAGCACCAGCGUGCCGAUGGCCCUGGCACUCCAUCUCCUCAUCCUCCUCCUCCUCACUCUGCCUUAAGGCCACUCUGCAGUUGAUGUCUCCCCUCAUCUCAUCACCCCUGCUCCUGGAUGAAGCCGCUGGCUGAGCUGGAUGCAGAAGGAUGCGGUUGCUCAAGGGAACCAUCACAACCAGAGCUUGCUACAGCAGCACCCACCCAGUCCCUCCACAUCUGCCUGCUUCCUGCAGCCCAAGCUGCUCUGUGCCUCAGUUUCCCUCCUCACCUGUUCUGCUCUGCUUUAGUUCGAGGUCACAUCUCAGCUGCUGAAUUCAUGGUUACCUGCUCGGGACCCCUCUUGCUGGCCCCAAGACCUGCAGGAAGCCCAACCUGGACCUUUCCUAAGGCUCCCCAUGGAGCUGCGAGCUCCCUGAGCAUUGCCUGCUGUCCGUGAUGCCCUUUGCAUGCCUGAUGAGCAUCGUGCCAGAGCACCAUGCGUUUGACCUGCAGCCAGGGCAGCAGCACCAGAGCAGAGCCGGGAUGGCCCCUUUGGUUGCUCUGUGAUGGAGGGGUGGGCAGCAGCUAUGGGCUCUCCUGAUGCACGGA